GAAAGUGAUAACUGGCAACGAGAAGUUUCACCUUGAACAAGUAACUGCUGUGGUGUGGUGGUGGACGUGGCGACGCUAGAGAACAGAUCACCGCGGGUCCUGCUCGGCUCCUGAGGCACGCCACUCUCUCUCUCUCGAUCCACCUCUCCUUACCACGGGAUUCCUUUAAGGACUCAUAUCACUAGCUCUAACCACCAUAAUGACGUCCGGCGGCCCUCCCAUCGAUACCAACUGCAUGUCGCUGACUCGCUUUACAUUGGCCGAGCAGAAGAAAAUCCCUCACGCCUCCGGUGAUCUCACCCAACUCCUCGUCUGCAUCCAGACAGCUGUGAAAGCCAUCUCCUCGGCUGUGAGGAAGGCAGGCAUCGCUAAACUGUUCGGCAUGGCAGGGGAUGUGAACGUGCAGGGCGAGGAGGUUAAGAAGUUGGAUGUGCUGGCCAACGACCUCUUUAUCAACAUGCUGAGUUCCUCCUACACCACCUGCCUGCUGGUCUCAGAGGAGAACAAAACAGUUAUAGAGGUGGAGAAGGAUCGUCAGGGGAAGUAUGUGGUGUGCUUUGAUCCCCUUGAUGGUUCCUCUAAUAUUGAUUGCCUCGUGUCCAUUGGAUCCAUUUUCUCCAUAUACAGUAAGAAGUCGACAGCCACGGACCCCAAUGUAAAUGAUGCCCUCCAGCCCGGCAACCAAAUAGUGGCUGCUGGAUAUGCCCUUUAUGGUUCAGCCACAAUGAUGGUCAUCUCUACAGGCAAUGGUGUCAACGGCUUCAUGCUGGACCCGAGCAUUGGAGAGUUUGUGCUGACUGACCCCAACAUGACCAUCAAGGAGAGGGGAAAGAUCUACAGUCUUAACGAGGGCUAUGCUAACCUGUGGGAUCCUGCCGUUUCAGAAUAUGUCAAGGGCAAGAAGGAGAAGAAGGCAGGUGCUCGCUACAUUGGCUCAAUGGUGGCCGAUGUUCACCGCACCAUCAAGUAUGGAGGCAUCUUCAUGUACCCUGCCACAGCUGAUGCUCCCAAGGGAAAGCUGCGUCUCCUCUACGAGUGUAACCCGAUGGCCUUCCUGGUGCAGCAGGCAGGAGGCAAGGCCACCACAGGGAAGAUGCCCAUCCUUGACAUUAUGCCAACAGACAUCCACCAGCGCACACCCAUCUUCCUGGGCUCUGCUGGUGAUGUGCAGGACAUCAUUGAUCUGUACAAAAAGCAUGGCUUGUAGUACACCUGUGAUCGAGAACAUGAAAUAUUUGAAUGACUGAAUGAUUUUAACUGUUACUUGUUAUUUUAUGCUUCAUGUUGCAAGCAAUGCAAGAUGUUCCGAAUUCUACUCAGAUAUGCAGGUAAAACUAUGUAUGGCAGGAGGUACCUAAAGGUGCUAGUAAGAGUAUUUUUGUAAUACAUCUAUGCACAGAGACCUAUAUUUUCCAUCUUUUUGUUUACACAUAAUGAUCAGUCAAGUGAAGUAUUUUGUGCCUCUAUAGUUCCAGUCAUUUCCUCAUGUGAAAAGCAUAUGUCCUCUUCCACAUAUAAUUAACAUUUUGUUUGGUACUUUGGGAGGAGUCCUUGGAAGUUGAAAUUAUUUCUUUCUCCCUCAGCCUCAAUAUGCUCAUCAUGAUCACUGUGGAGAAACAUUUUGGCUGAAAGGCACAGGUGGCAUAUAAGCCUCACUAGAGUAGUGAGACUUUACACAUUCCUUCCCCACAGACUGAAUGUUAUCACAUACUGACUCAGGAGUAGAGCACUUUAAAGUAUUGUCUGCACUGUGAGAUGUACAAGGGAUCCGAAAAGAAAAGGAAGUGACACUUUUCAUGGGACAUCCAUCUUGUUCUGUUUUAAAGUACUAGAUGGUUGUGGCAUGUAAUGCACAUACUUUUUCAUGACCUAAAGCAGUGGGAAGAUUGUUACUGCAUAGCAGUGGUGGCUAUUGAAUUCAGAGGCAUUUUAGGAUGUGAUGGGUGGCCUCCUGCAGUGCCUGCUCUUCGUCAAGCCUAUCAAUGUAACAGAGUCCCAUUGUGCCUUGCCCUGCACAAAUGCUUCUUGUCAAGUAAAUCGCUGGUUAUCUCCUCUACCUGUGCCACGAUUCUUCUGCUCUGCUCUUAUGUAAUGCUGUUAUGGAGAAUAAAAGGUUAUAAUGA